CCGGACAGAUUCCGUUGACAUUGCUGAGGAAGAGGAGGAGGAGGCGGGGGACGGGACUGGCGUUACCAAACCCGAAGUUUUUAUUGAAGGGAGCCGCGAUUUAGUGGCAGCCCGCUUCUGAGCUGUGAUUUUCGGACACCGUGGAGUCAUGUAUCGGCGGCCGCUGCAGUCUGCCGCGAGAAACUUUAUUAAUGUGUCAGCGUCCAGAGCCGCCUGCGGAAAGGUGUUGGAUCAGGAAGCCAGAGCUUUAGCAGCUUGCCAACGGGCCAGAGUCUCCUCUCCCAGUUUAACACCAUGUCGGACACUGCACAUGACCACACAGCUCUACAAUGUGAAGGAGACGCCCCAGCACACAGAGGAAGAGGUCGGGGCCUUCACGAAGCUCAUUGAGGCCAUGGGCUUCACUGGACCUCUCAAAUACAACAAGUGGAAAAUCAAGAUUGCUGCUUUGCGCAUGUACACAUGCUGCGUAGAGAGAAUCAAUUACGACGAUUUCUUUGAAAAGUGCUCCCUCCCUGACACACUCAACUCUUGGUUCUUGGUAGCGCAGCUGCAUGUAUGGAUGUGUUUGGUGCGGAUGCGUCAGGAGGGCAGAGAAGGAAAGUACAUGUGCCGUUACAUUGUCCACUCAAUGUGGGAGGAUGUAGAGCAGAGGAGCAAAAUCAUGGGGAUCGAUGCCAUCCAUAGAAAGGAAGGAAUGAAAGCGAUGACGGAGACGUUCUACGCAGCAAUAUUUGGAUAUGAUGAGGGAAUCCUGUCUGAUGACUGUGUGCUGGCAGCAGCUCUGUGGAGAAACCUGUUCAAUUGUGAGUGCGAAGACCCCAAACAGCUAGAACUCAUGGUGGAAUACGUUCGCAAACAGAUGCAGUACAUCGACGCCCUGGACGGGGAAGACCUGCUGCUGACAGGAGAGGUGAAGUGGCGCCCUCUGCUGGAGGAGAACGCACAGAGCAUCCUGAAGGUGGUCACGCCCACGUACAACGACACCGGGCUGUGAGACGAAGAGACGAGACUGUGUCCUCUUCUUCUGACCUCUUUCCUCACCCGCUUUCACUUCUUGGUUUCCUUUUCCCGUCUUUGUGUCUGUUUUGUUGCUCCUUAUAAUCAUGCAGCAUGUUCCCCUCCUGUCUCCCUUUACUCUAUCGUACAAGGAGGGAUUUAAAAUGUGACGUAACGUCCGCUGCUGUAGCUUUCUCAUCCACUCCUCUAUUUCCUUUUUCUCAUCUUGUGUACCCAAAACACAACUUCUUCUUCCUCUCCUCCUCCUUCCUACUCUCCCAAAUGACUCGUCCACCCAGACCUCUCUGUUUCUGGAGGUACGUUAUAGGCAGGAUUCUCGCAUACACCCAUCAAUCAGCGAACAAGCCAGUCCAAAAACAGGAAAUGCCAUGCAUCAUCGUCCUCCAUCGUUGUCCUGUCGGUUUUGAGAGCCUCUGACGCUUCCUCUCUGCAAACUGUUGAAAAAAAACCACACAAGACACUCUGUAUUUAUAUUUGUCUCUUUAUUUUUUUUCCAUGAAUGCCACGCUGUAUUUAUAUAAAGUAUUUUGUAUACCUCCACGUUUACACUCUUCUGCAUAGGUGUUAGCUUCUUUGACUUCUGUCACUGCUCCUUCACUGCGCGUUAAACAAAGUUUCACUCUGGAUAGGUGAAGCUAGGUGAAAUAAUCGUUCCAAGAAACAAAUGCAAAGUUUCGGCGAGUUAAUGGACCUUCUGUCUGCAGUUCAUCGUCUCUGCUCCUGAACGUCACCGGCCUUUAUGUUUCUCUGUAAGGUCGCAGCUGUUGUCUCUCUCUCUUUUCCCAUGAUGCUCUCAGACCCGAACAGGAAGCUGAGCUCUCAAAGACCUGGGCGUCAUCACUGUAUUAAAAACAAUUAAGAUUUUUUUGUUUUUAAAAAGUGAAUAAAUAAAAUGUUCUCUGGAUGUAUAAAACUA